AUGGCUGCCAUGUUCCUGAGGUGUGGCUCCCACCCCCUAUCGGCCGCGGAAAUCCCACCCACCCUUGUCGCAGCCUCCAGGAAGCCUCCCUCAAGUGCACACGCCCCAAGUGUCUCCUGUGGCGGCCCCGCCCCCGGAGACUUGCAGCCAGUCACGGAAAUGCACAGUAUGACCCAGCAGCAGUGGGAUCCCCAGGCCCAGGACGAAUCUGGGCUCCAGCCCAUGUGGUUUUCAGAGGCAGAACCAGAAGGAGGAACCAGCUCAAGCUUUCAACCAGGAGCUACGACUGGCCAGUUCUGUUCUUCAUCCUUGUUCAACAAAGAAGUCUGGUCAUUCCUCAAAGCCAUUCCUCCAGUUCCAGAUGAGGCAGUGGUCACGCGGAAGUCCCCACGUAGUUCCUGGAGGGUUGGCACUCUCCGCCAUGGGAAGCGAGUGAAUGCUAUUGCCAUUAGCAGUGCUCCGCGCCAUGUGUACACGUGUGGCACUGGCUACAUCAGAGUGUGGGAUGAAGAUGCGUUGCAUGCCUCAGACAGAGCACCUCAGGCCCAGCUGGACUUUCAGGACCCUCGGAAUCGUGUCCUCACCUGCAAGCUGUUCCCCGAUGAGCAGAGUCUGAUCACAGGAGGAAUGGCUCAGGCUUUGACUCUCUGGGACCUGGCUCCCACACCCCAAAUCAGGGCUCAGAUGGCCUCCACAGGCCCCAUGUGCUAUUCCUUAGCCCUCUCUUCUGAUGCCCACAUCUGUUUGGCUUCUUUCAAAGGAUUCGUGGAGAUUUGGGAUGUACAGAACCAAAUCUUGAUCAGGAAACAUGAAGUUCCUCCCUAUGGGUCCCGCUGUGUGGACAUCACAGGCUUUAAGUUCUGGACAGGUGGUGAAGACACCACCCUGUAUUCGUGGGACUUGAGGAGCUACCAGAAGCUACAACAACACAACUUAUGCCAUGAGAUCCUUAGCAUCACCCAUGACCCCAGUGAGGAAUGGGUGCUGGCAGGCUUGAAAAUGAGUGACAUCGUCAUCCUACAUGCUCACCGGGAAGAGAAGUACAAAGCUGUUGUUCAAAGAUAUACACAACACCACAACCUCAAGUUUGCCUCUUGUGGGACCCAUUUUGUGGCCACACUGGAUGAUAUGAUUCAUUGUUUAGCGGCACCAUCUCUACGAAGGUUGUUCCAGACCGAGGAGUGUUAUGACAUUCUGUGCUGUGACGUGUCCUCUGAUAGUCAGUAUCUGGUCACGGGUUCUAAGGAAAGCGCCACAGUAUACCAGCUCUUGUAUUGAAGGCUGCGGGCUAUGGUCUUGCCAGCGGAGAACCAAAGAGAUCAGACCGUGU